AAGACCUUAUUCCUAUAUCACCAUAGACUGAACAAAGUUUCCUACUAAAAUGCGGAAUUCCACCUUGAUUUUUAUUACUGCCGUAAUGGUCUUGUACCUUUGGGUGGAUGUUAGUGGAGUGGUAAGAUGCAAGGGAAAACCUGGAGCGCCAAAGUGCAAUGGGACUUUUGAUAGCGGUAAUAAUCGCAGAAGAAAGUGCAAAGACUCGGCUAAUAAAAAUAUGUGGCAUUAUAAUACAAUGACUAGAAACUGCACCAAAAUAAAUUACCUUGGAUGUGGCGGCAAUGAUAAUCGCUGGUGCACAAAGGUAUUAUGUGAGGGCUGCCGUCCGAGAGUAUAAAUAUAUAAUAAAUAGACCCCAUUUAGAAUAAAACAAUGUGUGAUUAAAUUA